UAUGCAUGUAUUUUGAUUGCCGUUGCUGGAUUAAGCUCAACUGGUCUCACAUUCCAUUUUCAUAUCAUCACAAACACCUCUUAUUUCUCAAGAGAUGGAGAAAGGAAAUAAUACAAUGGGGAUAUCCAGGACAAUAUCAGAUCAGCUUGUGGAGUCCGUCGCGGCGGCUCUAAAGUCGCCACAGUCGAGCGAUCACUCGACUAACUCGGCGAUUGAAGGGAGCGGAGGAUUGUCGAGAAAAUCAAGCCGGAGAAUAACGUCGGCCUCGCCCGGGCACGGCGGAGGGAAGAAUACACAUAUAAGGAAAACAAGGAGCGCUCAGUUGAAGAUUGAUGUUGAUGAACUGAGCAGUGGCGCAGCUCUUAGCAGAGCUUCAAGCGCUAGCUUGGGUCUCUCGUUUUCUUUCACUGGCUUCACUAUGCCCCCUGAUCAAAUUGCUGAUACCAAACCGUUCAGUGAUGAUGACAUGAUUCCUGAGGAUAUUGAAGCUGGAAUUAGGACAAAGACAAAGUUUCAAACAGAACCUACUCUUCCUAUAAAUCUAAAGUUCAAUGAUGUGACUUACAAGGUAGUGCUGAAAGGCAUGACAUCAAGUGUAGAGAAAGAUAUCUUAAAUGGGAUCAGUGGUUCUGUAAAUCCAGGUGAAGUUUUGGCAUUGAUGGGUCCCUCAGGAAGUGGAAAGACAAGUCUUUUAAAUCUCCUUGGAGGAAGGAUAAGCCACCCAACAAUUGGUGGUUCUAUCACUUACAAUGAACAAUCAUACUCCAAGUUUCUUAAGAGCAGGAUAGGAUUUGUGACGCAAGAUGAUGUUUUGUUUCCUCACCUAACUGUGAAAGAGACGUUGACAUACGCAGCGCGGUUACGGCUUCCAAAAAGCUUCACUAAAGAGCAAAAGGAAAAAAGAGCUUUAGAUGUCAUCUAUGAGCUUGGCUUGGAGAGGUGCCAAGAUACUAUGAUUGGUGGUUCAUUUGUUCGUGGAGUAUCGGGUGGAGAGAGGAAGCGAGUUUGUAUUGGCAAUGAGAUCAUAAUCAACCCUUCCAUUUUGUUUCUUGAUGAACCAACUUCUGGUUUGGAUUCAACGACAGCCUUGAAGAUCGUUCAGAUGCUGCAAGACAUAGCAGAGGCUGGUAAAACAGUAGUGACGACAAUUCACCAACCAUCAAGUAGACUCUUCCACAAAUUCGACAAGUUGAUCCUUCUUGGGAAAGGGAGUUUGCUUUACUUUGGAAAAGCAUCAGAAGCAAUGAAUUACUUUCAAUCUAUAGGAUGUUCACCGCUUAUUUCCAUGAAUCCAGCCGAGUUUUUGCUAGACCUUGCGAAUGGAAACAUAAACGAUGUUUCCGUACCAUCAGAGUUGGAGGAUAAAGUACAAAUCGGAAAUGCAGAAGUUGAAAAAUAUAAUGGAAAACCAUCACCAGCGGUAGUCCAUGAGUAUCUAGUGGAGGCAUACGAAUCUCAAGCUGCGGAAACGGAGAAGAAAAAAACAACGGUUUCUUUACCUCUGGAUGAAGCUUUGAAGGCCAAAGUGAGUUCACCUAAAAGACAAUGGGGAGCGAGUUGGGAUGAACAAUUUUCCAUACUUUUUUGGAGAGGAAUCAAGGAAAGGAGGCAUGACUAUUUUAGCUGGUUGAGAAUCACACAAGUUUUAUCCACCGCAAUCAUCUUAGGAUUACUCUGGUGGCAAUCAGAUGCUAAAAACCCAAAAGACCUGCAAGAUCAGGCGGGACUACUUUUCUUCAUUGCUGUCUUCUGGGGAUUCUUUCCGGUUUUUACUGCAAUAUUUACAUUUCCUCAAGAGAGAGCAAUGUUGAAUAAGGAACGUGCGGCAGAUAUGUACAGAUUAAGUGCAUACUUCCUCGCUAGAACAACAAGCGACCUUCCGUUAGACCUGAUAUUACCAGUGCUUUUUCUCCUCGUUGUUUACUUCAUGGCUGGUUUGAGACUAAGUGCUGCUCCCUUUUUCUUCACCAUCCUUACUGUUUUCCUCUGCAUCAUUGCAGCACAGGGUCUUGGACUUGCUAUCGGUGCUACGCUUAUGGAUUUGAAAAGAGCCACGACUUUGGCUUCAGUGACUGUGAUGACCUUCAUGUUGGCUGGAGGAUUUUUCGUCCAGAAAGUCCCGAUAUUCAUUUCAUGGAUCCGCUACAUGUCUUUCAACUACCACACUUACAAACUGUUACUCAAGGUGCAAUAUGAACAUUUCACGCCUAUCGUAAACGGAGUUAAAAUUGACAGUGGUUUAACAGAAGUAGCUGCUCUGAUUGCUAUGGUUUUCGGUUACCGUUUCUUGGCAUAUCUUUCAUUGCGACGAAUGAAACUUCAAUAGAGGUUAAAAGUUAAAACUAUCCGGGAAAAGUGCUUCAUAUCUGCAUGAGGAGUGGUUUUAAAUGAAGGCUCCACGUGCAGACAAUAUAGUGAGGCUGAAACUUCUGGCCUUUUUUGUUCAAUCAUGUGUAAAAUGCAUUUCACUAGCAUGUUGAAAUGCAACAAUACAUGUAUGCUAGAUGUUAUAGUAAAACAUCAGUACCUGGAGAGUUUGUUUUUUUUUGGUGGACACUGCUUAACUCUUUCGAAAACGUUUCUACGACUGAAGCUUUGUAACUGUUAUAGUGGAAUAGGUUAAUCUGCUUGCUACAUAUUAGUCAAGUUUAAGUGUAAAUCGAAUUUGACAGCAAUAAUAGUAAUGUCGGCAGUAUCAUGAAUCGGCUGAUAAAAUGGCUAGUUACAGCAAGAAUAUCUUGUAUAAGUAUAAAUCUGUUGGGAUAAAAGAAAACUGAACAUACAGAGAUCAUUUACAUUUUACACUUCACAACCCCUCACUCCUUACUUUUGGAUUCUUUUGCACUUAUAGAACCACGCAACUGACGCAGCUAAGCAAUCUUGGCCGCUGAAUUGCGAUGGGUCCAACUUCACAAAAUUUGCUUUAAAAUACAUCUCAGAAUGUAAGUUGUUUGAUCGGAUGCCCUAAAAUAACUGUAAAGAUGAGGAAUCUGGUUUCAUCCUUCGACAAAAAAUAAAGAAACUAUAAAAAAAAUGGUAGUGUUAUACAUGAUAA